GAGAGAGAGAGAGAGAGAGAGAGAGAGAGAGAGAGAGAGAGCGAAACCGAAGAGAGUGGAGUCAACAUCCAUUUAUUUAUCCUCAAUGGGCUUAAACUGGACUGGAUCAGACUUGGAAGAAAUGAUGUCCAAGUUACCAAACUGUUCUAUAUUGGACCCUCCUUGUUAGACCUUCGAAACAACUCACCCACCUUUGUGAGGCUUGGAGCUGAGAGGCAGAGAGAGGGGGGAAAAAAGAGAGCGACAGCGAUAGAGGAAGAGAACGAGAGACAUUGGGCUCCAUGCAGGCGCGUAAGAAGUAUGUCCUGCUGGGGCUGUGUGCUUGCUGCUGGCUGCUGCUCUUCUACUGGGGCGGUGGGGUCCAGGUCCGUCUCCUCAAGCUGCUGGGGCAGCAGAGGGGCGAUGUGGUGCGCCCCUGGCCCGACUGGACCGACAGGGUACUCCUUCCAGGCUAUGCCCAGCUGGAGGAACUCCAGACGGGGCCUGGUUCUGCCGAGUCCCCCCGCCAGCGUCACCAAGCCUGGACGGGUAUCUAUAAAGACAGUCGCUGCCGAAUGGAGACCUGCUUCGACUUUACGAGAUGUCGACGUAGAGGGCGGGACGGGUUUCGAGUGUACGUCUACCCGUCGGAGAAGGGUGAGCGCGGGUCGGAGAGCUAUCGUAAGAUACUGACGUCUAUAGGCGAGUCGCGGUACUACACCACGGACCCUCGCGAGGCAUGUCUCUUCGUUUUGGGGAUUGACACUCUGGACCGUGACCAGCUCUCGGGGCAGUUCGUGCCCAACUUGGAUGAUCGUAUCAAGGGUUACCCGCUCUGGAACGAGGGACGGAACCACCUUAUCUUUAAUCUGUACUCGGGCACCUGGCCCAACUACACCGAGGACCUGGGCUUCAACAUCGGUCAGGCCAUCCUGGCUAAAGCUAGCCUCAACACGGAACACUUUCGGCCCGGGUUCGACGUCUCCAUCCCCCUCUUCUCCAAGGACCACCCCCAGAAGGGGGGCGAGAGGGGCUGGUUGGUGCGAAACACGGUCCCACCGCGCAGGAAGUACCUGUUGAUGUUCAAAGGGAAGCGGUAUCUAACGGGCAUCGGCUCGGACACCCGUAACGCCCUGCAUCACAUCCAUAACGGGAAGGACAUAGUGUCCCUCACCACAUGCCGUCACGGGAAGGACUGGGAGAAACACAAAGACGCCCGCUGUGACCAUGACAACCUAGAGUAUGAGAGGUUUGAUUAUCAGGAGCUGCUCCACAACUCCACCUUCUGCCUGGUUCCCCGGGGUCGUCGCCUGGGCUCCUUUCGCUUCCUAGAGUCUUUACAGGCGGCAUGUAUUCCAGUGUUGCUCAGUAAUGGUUGGGAGCUGCCCUUCUCUGAUGUCAUCCAGUGGAACCAGGCUGUCAUAGAGGGAGAUGAGAGAUUGCUACUGCAGGUCCCCUCUACAGUGCAUGCGGUGGGAAAUGAGCGAGUCCUAGCUCUGAGGCAGCGGACCCAGAUGCUAUGGGAUGCCUACUUCUCCUCCGUGGACAAGAUAGUCCUCACCACACUGGAGAUAAUUAAGGACCGGGUUUUCUCUCACGUCUCCAGAAAUAAGUACAUGUGGAACGCCCUGCCAGGGGGCCUACUGGUCCUGCCAGAGUACUCCACACACCUGGCCCACUUCCCCUUCUAUUACCUGAGCCUAGGGGUCAGUCCAGGUCAAGAGUUCACCGCCAUCAUCCAUGCCGUCUCCCCAUUGGUCUCCCAGUCUCAGCCAAUCAUGAAGCUGCUCCAGGUGGUCUCCAAGUCCAAAUACUGUUCACAGAUCAUCAUCCUGUGGAACAGUGAGAAACCACUGCCCCCCAGGAGUAAAUGGCCCCCCAUGCCUGUCCCCCUCACUGUGACAGACGGUAGGAGGAAGACGAGCAGUCGUUUCCUGCCCAACGUGGCCAUAGAGACAGAGGCAGUGCUGAGUCUGGAUGAAGAUACAGUCCUGCUGACCAGUGAGGUGAACUUUGCCUUCUUGGUGUGGAUGAGUUUUCCUGAGCGCAUCGUGGGCUACCCCCCCAGGAGUCACUUCUGGGACCCAGUGAAGAACGCGUGGGGGUACACCUCCAAGUGGACUAACGAGUACUCCAUCGUUCUGACAGGGGCAGCCUUCUACCACAGGUACUACCACUACCUGUUCUCCCACUACCUGCCCCCUUCCCUGCGGGCGCUGGUGGACCGCACCUCCAACUGUGAGGACAUCCUCAUGAACUUCCUGGUUUCCGCCGUCACCCACCUGCCGCCAAUCAAAGUGGCCCAGAGGAAACAGUACAAGGAGCUUCCCAGCCCACAGGUGAGGCCACACCCAUCAACGGUGAAUCUGACCAAUGAGCUGCCCAGCCCACAGGGUACGAAGAUGAGUGCUCCGUGGGCCAACCCGGAGCACUUUGCCCAGAGGCAGGAGUGUGUGAACAGCUUCGCCAGCUGGUUCGGAUACAUGCCCCUGGUCCACUCCCAGUUCCGCCUGGACCCCCUGCUCUUCAAGGACCAGGUGUCUGUCCUGCGAAAGAAGUACAAGGACCUGGAGCGUGCCUGACGGACCAACAGACGGAUAGAGGAAUACAGUGUGGAGGCCUGGUCUGGCGGUUAAAUGUAGACAGACAGACAGACCCUGGUGGACUGAUCUGAUGACGAACGAGGGAGAAAGGGGACCUAAAGCCAAGAGCUAGACUCCACCUCCAGGGGUCUGAGACAGCGCGCUAUUUGAGGAGGAAUAUAUGGAGGAGGCCUUAUGUCUCUUGUGACUGGUUCUCCGUUGGUAAUGGACAAUGAACACUUGUUGAAGAUGUCAACCACUCCCAUUGUAGUCUGAAUGGAGGCGGACAGUAUUUCACGUCGAAGGAAGGCGCCAAACGGACAGUUGCUGGUGCAGUGCACUGCAGCCGGUGUAUUUCUGCAGUACAUCUGGGAGUUGGGACAGUCGUAAAGCAAUUGAUUCAUUUCGCAUCACGUAACUGUAAGACCAAUAAAAACAUUUCCCAAGUGCAAUUGGUGGUAUUCAACUCGCAUGUAGACCUUUUCACGUCACAAAGCAUUACUCCG